AUGGUGGCUGCGGGCGAUUUCCAGGAUAGUCAUCGGCAGGAAGCCUUGAAGUUGGUGAAAGGCACCUUGGAUCGACCAGAGGCUGCCAAAGAUCCUCAGUUCGCCAAAGUCUUGAUGGGUGGCUCCUCCUCGCUGGUUCGCUUGGCUGCCAUGCUAGAGGACGUGGACUUGGCUCCUUUGGUGCUGGGCUUGCUCUGCACCAGCAAGCCUGCAGCCAACAAGUUGGAACAAAUCAGUGGCAACUUGGCCUCGCUCAUCUCCAACAAAGGAGCUGCGCAUAGUGAGCCCACGCGUGCGCUGGCAGCAGAACUGUUGCUUCACAUUCAGGGCUCCGCACCUGAGGUGGGCAACGACAUCACUCAUGCUCCUGUGAAGCCCAAAGCAGGACAACUCAGCGAUUUGUUGGAGCGCUGUGAAGGCAUUGCCGCGCACGAGGAGUCGAUGGAGGCAGCGCUGCGGACGCAGUUGGAGGAAGGCAUCAAUCGUGGACUGAAGGCCCUGGAGCCUCAUGGUGUUCACGUCAGGGAGGCGAGACAGAUGGCCACAGGGCGGCUCAAGGACGGGGGCUUCUGCCGAAGAACUUUUCUCGGCCCAUGUCGGCCGUCCCAUGGCGUCAUGCUGCAGCUGCGUCCGCUGGACCCGCCCGUAGCCAGCAACGGUCAUGCGGCGACCAAUGGUCAUGCGGUGACCAAUGGCCAUGCCAACGGUCACGGAGUUCCAGGAGCCACAGGGCAUGCGCAAGCGCAAGCAGCGCGGCGCAAUGGCCGCCGGAAGGCCCCAAAUGCGUCAAUCAAAGGCCUAUUGGAGGCACAGCAGUGGGGAGCGGCGCUCUGGGUCUUGGAGGAUCCCAGCAUGAAAAGCGCGGAGCGAUUGCAGGCCUGCAAUGGCUGUAUCAGCGCGUGUGGCCGUGCGAGUUUUUGGACGCAAGCCAUGUGGCUGAUGAAUGGCAUGAAGGCCAUGGUUCGCAUGCCGGCGCCCACUGCCGUGUCGGUGAGCGCAGUGAUCUUGGCCUGUGAGAGGGCCUACCAGUGGGACAUGGUGCUGAACCUGCUGGAGCGCGGGCGGCUGGAUCGCUUGCUGCGAGACCAAGCACCAGAGGUGAAGGAGGGCCGCACUGGGCGGCAGCGCGCUGCUGAGCUGGCCAUGUUGACGGCAGCGUGCCGGGCCUGCGAUGUGGCAGAUCAAUGGCGCAGCUCUCUGGAGUUGCUGCCCAAGAUGUUGGCAGGAUCUUCACUGGAGCCCAAUGUCUUCACCUUCGGAACGGCCUUUCAAAUCUGUUCGCACGGACAGGGCCAGCAAGCCUUGAGGUGGUACCAGGAGAUGCGAAGGCUGAGUCUGGAGCCCGGUAUCAUCUCUCACAACCAGGUCAUGCGGGCUUUGACCAGCAGCCAGCUUUGGGAAAAGUCCUUGGAUCUGCUGGCAGGUGCUGAGCAAGAAGCUCUGCAGAGAAGUGAGGUCACGGUGAGCAGCGCGGUGAAGAAUGACCUACGCUGGGCUCAGGUGAUCCAAGUCCUUCGCGAUGCACGAAGGAGAUCCGUGCAAUCCAAUGAGAUCAUCGCCGGGUCAGCCUUCACGACCGCAGCACGGGACACGACCUUCCCCUGGCAAUGCGCCAGCGCGACGCUGGCUGCGGAAAUGUUUGAAGGGCUUCAGCCCAAUGUUUUCAGCUGCACAGCUGCCUUGAAAGCCUGCACUGCUUGGAGAGAGGUCUUUGCACUCUAUCCCCUGCUGGCAGCGACGAAGCCGAGCCGGUUGGAUGAACUGGUGGCGUUCCACAACAUGGCAGACAGCUGUGAGAAAAGCGAGGAGGUGACUCCGGGCAUCUGGUCUCGCGUCCUGCAGCUGUUGGAUCGCGACCUGCGAGAAAAUGCCUUGCAAGCAGAUCACAUUUCUUCGCAUCAUCUGACGGCAGCUGCUGCCUCAGGCGGGGGUUGGCGCUUGGCGGUGCACAUGGCCCUGGAGCAAAUGAAGGAUCACUUGGACGUGGACGGCCAGGGGAUUGUAGCUUCAAAGGUGGCCACUGGAAAUUGGCAACUGGCCUUGUCCUUGGCGCCAGAUGGCCAUUUCAAGGAUCUAUGCACCGCCUUGGACCAAAUAUCGCAUUGGCCGCUGGCACUACAACUCCUCAUGGAUCAGACGGAACAAAGGAGCCUGCCGUUGGACAGGGCGUAUGACCUGGCCGUGAGUUUUUAUCUGGUGAACCUGGUUCAGGCAGCCAAGUUGGUUCAGUGCUGCACAAGAGCUGGAGUAAAUGAGCUUCCCCCGGUGGAUUUCCAACACUUCGAAGCCGCCUUCGCACGUUUCCGCGGUGCGCGCGAGGCCUUGGGGAACCACGUGAGAAGCUGCGAAAGUCUCCAUGAGAACAUCGAGAGGCAGUUGAGAGAUCUACAAACAGCAAGACCCAAAGUGGAGCCGCACGUUUACAAGGAGAAGCUUCUUGCGGCGGAGUCCCUCUACGCCGAGGUGAAGGUGCAGCGGGAGCAGUUCGCCGCGGCUGAUGCGGAAGCCAAGGAGAAGACGAAGAAAGCCGAGGCCUCCACGUCCAAAAUGAAGACCCUGAAUGAAGAGCUCAGGAGGUACGACCAAGAGCUUCACGAUCUGCGAACGCAACGGAGAGACAAGGAGAGCAAGGCGGCCACAUUGAGGUCCAAAGCCAAUGUUCCUGGCCUGGAGGAUCGGAAACGGCAGAUCCAAAGCGAUAUCGAUCGUAACUUGGAAGAAGCCCAUAAGUUGCAGGUGGUGGGCCGCCGUGUCCAGCAGGGAGAAGAUGGAUACCUCACGGAGGGGCAGAGCCGUGAGCAGAAGAUCUCGGAGAUCAGUGCGAAGCUCAACGAGUUGAAGCGCCACCACCAGAGCCUGCUGCAAAAGCAGAAGGAAUUCAACAUCGACCCAAUAGCCCUCGGUAACGAAGCCUCGCAGUUGGAGACAGAGGCUUCAAGGUUAGAUGAAACCAUUGGGCAGUUAGAGUUCAAGCAAAGAGAAGCUGAACGUGCCCGCUUGGACGCCUCUAGUGAUGCCUCCCGGGAGUCGGAAGAUGCACGCAUCGCGCGGGACCACAGCUCGCACCUGGCUUCACGCUUGGCUUCGGCAGAGCGGGAUGCCAAGGCUCAGCUCGCAUCCCUGCAACCCAUGAUCCAGGAGCAGCAUGCUGGAUGGCAACGGCUGAUGCAGCAACAACGAAGUUUGGACGAAGAUCAACGGACGUUGGGCAACAAGUUACUGGAAACGACCCUUUCUGCGACCACAGAGGUUCAAGCCCGAGAGCAAGUGGCCGCGAUUCUCCAGGAUUUAGUGAAGUCGCUGCUGAAUUGCGCGAGCGCCCUGCAAGCCUGUGGAGAGGAGCCUGCCGUCGACAGCGGCGCGGCCGCGACGGAUGGCUUUGAUGACUUUCUGCAAGAAGUCCCCGCCGGCGGUGCUAGGGCGGAGGUGGAUAUCUUUGGCGGUGAAGAGCCUGAGGUCUUCAAAGGACCACGCCCUGCCGUU